AUGGCCGCCAACAACACCAAGCCACUCCAGAACGCACAGAAAGCGCCUAAUUACGACUUUGCGUACGCGGCGUACCUUGUUGCAAUAAGCAGGAUCAAGCUUCCACCGAGUUUCUACACCAGUCGCGACCCCAACGCUCUGCGUCGGCUGGCCGAACAGGUUGCCCCGGGCGCGCUUGAUCGCGCCGCAAAUGCACCCAUGGAUGAUACUCUUCGAGAAACCGCGAACGCGUGCUUGAGAGUACUCUUCGCCUGCAGGCCGGGACCUAAUGGGUCGUACACGUUCGGAGGACAUGUCGUGGACUUCCACGACCCGGCGUUCUUUGUCAAGCGCGGCUUUCCCGUCGGACCCAGCGACGUCAAGCAAGUAUUGGAUUUGUGGCAAAGGCCAGAGAUUCAAAGCAGCAGCUCUUCCGCCGUUCACCAGCCACUACAACGCACCGCUUCGGCCCAAGCUGCCCCCACGGUCCACACCACCCCCACACCGCGACCAUCGCCACAAAAUACCAUCUCCCUCGAGGAACAUCCCACGCCGUCCCACAAUUUCCCAGCUACCCAAGCUUCUCAGAAGACCAUCAAUCAUCCCCGAGAUGAUGAUGCCGACGAAGAACGACCCGCGAAGCGCGCUAGGCACCAGGCGCCUGAUGCUGUUGUUGCACCCUCCCCCAACCCCAGGCGCCCUCAAGCCCACUCCGCCACCAAGCCCCGCACGCCUCCUGUGAAGCCACGUCGCGCGCACCCGCCACAAAGACCCAUCCCAUCCCAACCUCCCCACCACGCGAACCCGAACAACAACGCCGGUAUGAUGCCUGCUCACGCCGGCCCUGCCCCCUACCCGAGCCCACCUCAGGCCGACCUUCCCCCACAUGGGCCAUUCUUCGAUCCAAGGUGCCCCGAUCAUGUGUACUUCGUACAUCCACAGGACGGCCGUAGACACUGGGUUCCGCGCAAUGCUCUCCCGCCCGCCCAACGACACAUCCCCCACCCUUCGCAAGCCGGCGGACCAUCUGUACAGCGCCCCGCCGUCGUGAACAGACUCGCCGCUGGCCCUCGCGCGCAGCUGCCCACUCCUCCCCUCACCGUCUCUCCUGCCGAAUCCUACACCGCCAACCCCCAACCACCCAUCACCAGCGUCAGCAACAGCAACGCCGCGCCCACGCCCACAGCCCCGCCCCGCCUCAUCCCCUGCCGCUGGGGCUUCUGCACGCAUACCUUUUCCACCGACCAGACGCCUGCAAGCAUCGGCAUGCACCUCAAGACCGUCCACAGCAUCCAUCCCGAGGAAGUUCCUCCCGACGUACGGCGGAAACGCGGGAGGCAAGCGGCGGACGGCAAGCAAUACAUCUGCCACUGGAUCACGAAAGAUGGGCACGAGUGCCGCAAUCCGUUGGGUAAAGAUGGGCCGGAUGUCGGCCCCAUCGCGAGGCAUGUGCGUGGGCAGCAUCUUGAGAAGGACACGCGCGAAGAGCUCGUCCCCAAGGUGCAAAGUGACCAUCGUAGAGGCCAGCCAACAGCGACGGCUGGAGAUUCGGGACGUGGCAUGUCAGCAACGCACUACUCGCCAACUUGCCACGAUUCCGCGCACCUCGUCGCUCGCAUGCUCCUCGCCGAAUUUGUCCUUGCCUCAACGUACGCGCAGCUCGGACCCCGUCUUGCUUCCAUCUGGAAAACCUGUCUUGCUCCGCCGCGGAGAGUCCGUCUUGCUUUCCCUGGAGCGCUUGUCUUGAAUCACUCUGGGGUGCCUCGCCGAACACCACUGCAAGGCCUAGAAUCAGCUGGUCUACGAUGGUCAGCUCACGAUCGCCGCGACGGUGCUCAUCGGAGCGAGGGGCACCUACGCUUCGUCUUCGCCGGCAUCGGUAUGCAGGCCGCAGGGAUUCAUUCCGCAAGACGGGCAGGGUGA